AUGGGGUAUUAGUGUAAACUUCUGCGUUCGCACGACACCACGAACAAAUGCAUUUAAAAUUUGAGAGAGGGUUGGUUACAUAUUUAGAAAUAAAUAGCGGGAGAGAGACUCUUUGUAGCAGAGAAAACCAAAAAAGGGGGGGAAAAGAAAGACACCCUUCUUCUUCGCCUUCUCCAAGAACCAAAGAACACUCUAGAAUCUAAACCAGAGCCACCACCAUGUCCAAGCCAAGGUGCUUCUUAGACAUCACCAUAGGCGGAGAGCUUGAAGGUAGAAUCGUCAUCGAGCUCUAUGACGAUGUCGUUCCUAAAACCGCCGAGAAUUUCAGGGCGCUUUGCACUGGCGAGAAAGGCAUUGCUCCUAACACCGGCGUUCCUCUCCAUUUCAAGGGUGUCUGCUUUCAUCGUGUAAUCAAAGGAUUUAUGAUUCAAGGUGGGGAUAUUUCCGCCGGCGAUGGUUCUGGGGGAGAAUCUAUUUAUGGUUUGAAGUUUGAAGAUGAAAAUUUUGAACUGAAACAUGAAAGGAAAGGAAUGUUGUCUAUGGCAAAUUCUGGUCCCAACACAAAUGGGUCUCAAUUCUUCAUAACAACAACACGUACACCUCAUUUGGAUGGAAAUCAUGUGGUCUUUGGGAAGGUGGUGAAAGGAAUGGGAGUAGUUCGCUCAAUUGAACAUGUCUUAACUGGUGAGAAUGAUCGUCCAACUCUUGAUGUUGUAAUCAAGGAUUGUGGAGAAAUCCCUGAAGGGACAGAUGAUGGAGUAUCAAAUUUGUUCAAAGAUGGUGAUGCCUAUCCUGAUUGGCCAGCUGAUCUUGACCAGAGUCCUUUUGAACUUUCUUGGUGGAUGAGUGCUGUGGAUUCUAUUAAGGCUUUUGGUAAUGAACAUUUUAAGAAACAAGAUUACAAGAUGGCUCUCAGAAAGUACAGGAAGGCUUUGCGAUAUCUUGACAUUUGCUGGGAGAGAGAAGGGAUUGAUGAAGAGAAGAGUUCAUGUCUGAGGAAGACCAAAUCACAAAUAUUUACAAACAGCUCUGCAUGUAAACUGAAGCUAGGGGAUCUAAAGGGAGCAUUGUUGGACACUGAAUUUGCAAUCCGUGAAGGAGAGAACAAUGCAAAAGCCAUGUUCCGCCAAGGUCAGGCACAUAUGGCUCUUAAUGACAUUGAUGCUGCAGUUGAAAACUUUAAGAAGGCAUUGGAUUUGGAGCCAAAUGAUGCUGGAAUAAAGAAAGAGCUGGCUGCUGCUAAGAAAAAGGUUGCUGAUAGACGUAAUCAAGAGAGGAAAGCAUAUGGCAGGAUGUUCCAAUAGGAAUUUGCUCUCCAGUGGUUUUGUUUUGGAGCGAGAUGAAGAGAAAUAGGGAUCCAGUUUGUAGUGGCUAGUUCAACUAUACAAAACUGCAGUUGGAGAGCGGGGUAUAGAGUCGUCAAUUUUUGGGAUGGUAAUUGGUGUCUUACCUAUUGAACUAGACUAAGAUUAACCCUCUUUAAAAAGAAAAUAUAUUGAGAAACAGGUAGCUUUUAGUAAUUUUGAUAUGGAUAUUUUGUUAUGUCAACUUUGGUGAUAAUAUUUUGUUGGUAUCAUCUCGAGCUUGGAUCCAAAUGAAAUGGAUGGUUAUUCAUGACAUUCGUAUAA